UUAAUACAAUGCUUUUGAAUUUAAUUUUGAACAUGUUCGGUGUGCCUUCUGUCGCUAAAAAAUAACUAAAAAUAAAAGUGCCCGGUCACGUGACGCGCGGAGGGCGGCUGUUCCCAUGAUGCACUGCGCGGCUGCAACGGACUCGGGUUCGUGCGCUCAGUUUACGCGCCAUUUACGAGUGUGUUUUGUGUGGAGGGAAGUAAAGAGCGCAGCUUUACUCUAGUUUUACUCUCUUAACGCGCAGUCUACGCGAAGCCAGCGGAUAAAUCGGAGUAAUAUCGACGAGAGCGAGGGAAAUCAGCCGAAUCAAAGCUGCCGUGAAUCAUGCCCGCGAAAACCAAGAGCUCGACGGCCGCGAAGAGAGCGGCGGAGUCCGAUGAGGAGCAGAGCGCCGCCCGCAGACCCCCGAGCGCCGCUGCGGAGCACGGUGAGACCGAUGCGGCUCCAGGCGAGUCUGCUGAGGAGCUGGAUAACCGCAGUCUGGAGGAGAUCCUCACCAGCAUCCCUCCUCCGCCGCCUCCCGCCAUGAGCUCCGAGCCCGGGGCCCCGCGCCUCAUGAUCACACACAUCGUCAACAGAAACUUCAAGUCCUACGCCGGAGAGCAGAUUCUGGGCCCCUUCCAUAAGCGCUUUUCCUGCAUCAUUGGUCCAAACGGCAGUGGCAAGUCCAACGUGAUCGACUCCAUGCUGUUCGUGUUUGGAUACAGAGCUCAGAAGAUUCGCUCGAAGAAGCUGUCGGUUCUGAUCCACAGUUCUGACACUCAUCCGGACAUCCAGAGCUGCACUGUGGAGGUGCACUUCCAGAAGAUCAUCGACAAGGAAGGAGACGACUACGAUGUCAUUCCCAACAGCUCUUUCUAUGUGUCGAGAACUGCUGCCAAAGAUAAUUCCUCCUCCUAUCACAUCAAUGGCAAGAAAGCAACCUUCAAAGAUGUGGGCGCACUGCUGCGCAGCCACGGCAUCGACCUGGACCACAACCGCUUCCUCAUCCUGCAGGGCGAGGUGGAGCAGAUUGCCAUGAUGAAGCCCAAAGGACAGACGGAGCACGAUGAGGGCAUGCUGGAGUACCUGGAGGACAUCAUCGGCUCCUGUCGUCUCAAAGAGCCCAUUAAUAUCCUGUGCCGGCGGGUGGAGCUACUGAACGAGCAGCGCGGAGAGAAGCUGAAUCGAGUGAAGCUGGUGGAGAAGGAGAAGAGCGCUCUGGAGGGAGAGAAGAAUAAAGCCGUGGAGUUCCUCAGCUUAGAGAAUGACAUCUUUAAGAAGAGGAACCUGCUCUGUCAGUUCUACGUGCAUGAUCUACAGAAGCGCGUGUCGGCCAAAGAAGCUGAGAAACAGCAGAUUCAGGAGGACACAAAGGAACUGAGUGACAAAAGCAGCCAGCUGACAGAAGAAAUGAAGACCAAGAACGAGGAGCUGAAGGGCGUGGAGAAUAUUUGUGUGUCGUCUGCUGCUCAGACCGUCGUGUUUUGGCAGCUGUCGGAUAUCUACCUGAGUCAGCACAACACGGCUGUGAGCCAGCUCAACCAGGCCAAAGACGCUCUGCAGGAGGCUGUGGACACGCUGAGAGAGAGGAGAGCCGCCAUCAAGCACCUCAACGUCAGAAUACCUCAGUGUGAGGAGCAGCUCAAGACGGACGAGCAGGAGCUGGAGCAGAUCUCUGAGCAGGACCAGCAGAAGCGGCUGCAGGUUGGAGACAUGAGACAGAAGGUGGCUGAAGCCAAGAGCUCUCUGUCCACAAACCGCAGCCGCAACAAAGUGCUGGACUCCCUCAUGCAGCAGAAACGCUCGGGGAAGAUCCCGGGCAUCCUGGGACGGCUGGGUGAUCUGGGAGCUGUCGAUGAGAAAUACGACGUGGCCAUCUCCUCCAGCUGCGGCUCGCUGGAUAAUAUCUUAGUGGACACCAUUGACACGGCGCAGAGAUGCGUCACGUUCCUGAAGACCCAGAACAUCGGUGUGGCCACAUUCAUCGGCCUAGACAAGAUGAAAGUGUGGCAGCAGAGCAUGGGCUCCAUCUCCACUCCGGAGAGCAUCCCUCGUCUGUUUGACAUGGUGCGCGUGAAGGACGAGAGCGUGCGGCCGGCGUUCUACUUCGCUCUCAGGGACACGCUGGUGGCUAGAGACCUGGAGCAGGCCACGCGGGUGGCGUUCCAGAAGGACAAGCGCUGGAGGGUGGUCACGCUGCAGGGGCAGAUCAUCGAGCAGGCCGGUACCAUGACUGGAGGAGGAGGACGAGUGAUGAAGGGCCGGAUGGGCUCCUCGGUCUGUGCUGAUGUCACUCAGGAGCAGCUGGAUAAAAUGGAGAGCGAGUUGAACAAAGAGCUGAUGCAGCUGCAGGACUGGCAGCAGAGGAAGCAUCAGCUGGAGGAGAAGGUGCACAAAGCCAGACGUGAGCUGAGAGACAUGAAGAAUACGCUGGAGAAAUACACGGCCACCAUCCAGAGCCUGACCGAGCAGGAGCUUCAUCUCAAGACUCAGAUCAAAGACCUGGAGGCCAACGUCAUCUCCGCUGCUCCUGAUAAAGCCAAGCAGAAACAGAUGGAGAAGAGCCUGGAGGUCUACAGGAAAGACUUUGAGGCAGAGUCCACUAAAGCAGGAAAGGUGGAGGCGGAGGUGAAGAGGCUGCACACACUCAUCGUGGACAUCAACAGCCAUAAGCUGAAGGCCCAGCAGGACAAACUGGACCAGAUCAACACACAGCUGGACGAGUGCUCCUCAGCCAUCACUAAAGCCCAGGUGGCCAUCAAGACUGCUGGACGUAAUCUGAAGAAGUCUGAGGACAGCGUGUCUCAGCUGGAGAAGGAGAUGGGAGAGAAUGAGAAGCUGAUGGAGGAGCUGACGGAGCAGCUGAAGAAGCUGGAGGAGGCGGCGGGAGAGAUCAUGCAGACGUACCAGCAGGCUGAGGAAGCUCUGCCGGAGGUUCAGGAGCAGCAUCGAGGAGUGCUGCAGCAGAUCAAGGCCCUACAGGAGCAGGAGCAUGUGCUGCAGAAGGAGUCUCUGAGUGUGCGGCUGAAGGUGGAGCACAUCGACACGGCCAUCGCUGAGUGCCACAACAAGAUCAAACACUGGGAGAGAGAGGCCAGCAGGCUGUCGCUGCACCCCAUCGAUGGAGCUCCAGAAGAAGAGCUGCCUGCACUGAACCCAGAGCAGCUGGAAGACAUCGGCAAUCCAGACGUCAUCAAGAACGAGAUCGCUCUGCUGGAGGACCGCUGCUCCAACAUGAAGCCCAACCUGGGAGCCAUCGCAGAGUUCAAGAAGAAGGUACCAGAGAUCCACUCGGUGUGUCUAGCCAUCCUCGUGACAGCUUGGUGUUUUCUGUGCGUUCCCAGUGUGCGUCCUCCUAAGAAGAGCUGGAAGAAGAUCUAUAACCUGUCAGGAGGAGAGAAGACGCUCAGCUCUCUGGCGCUGGUGUUUGCGCUGCAUCACUUCAAGCCCACGCCGCUCUACUUCAUGGAUGAGAUCGACGCUGCCCUCGACUUCAAGAACGUCUCCAUCGUGGCCUGCUACAUAUACGAGCAAACCAAGAACGCUCAGUUCAUCAUCAUCUCCCUGAGGAACAACAUGUUUGAGAUGGCCAACCGUCUCAUCGGCAUCUAUAAGACACACAACACCACCAAGAACGUGGCCAUCAACCCCAAAACCAUCGUCCUGCGUGAGAUCGAGACGGCGUGAGGAGAGCAGAUACUCCGACAAUCACUCGUUUGUUCUGAUGGUUUGUCUGUUCAUCACUUCUCUAAACCUUUUAUAUGUCUCAUUCGUUCUGCGCUCUUGCUCUUUUAUUGUUUUUAAAUAAAAAUGCCUGUUUUAUACGACAUAGUAACACAUGGAAUAUUAUCAUGCUUUUACUGCACUGCAGUCAAAUAUUUUAAA